AUGUCGCUAGUGCUGAGGCUGGGGAACUCUACCCUAAUGACAUUGCUGGGUACUGUCUUUGGCCUCCUCCCCUGCUGUGAUGUAGAUCUUCACUUUUUCCUUGCAUCUCUCUCCGUAGGCAAGAGGCGAAACCCUGGCCUUAAGAUCCCAAAAGAAGCAUUUGAACAACCUCAGACCAGUUCCACAAAGCUUCUGGCCCAGAACAACUUUGAGGUGAAGGCUGAUGACCUGGAGCCUAUAACGGAACUAGGGCGGGGAGCGUAUGGUGUGGUGGAGAAGAUGCGGCACGUGCCCAGUGGGCAGAUCAUGGCUGUGAAGCGGAUCCGGGCCACAGUCAAUAGCCAAGAGCAGAAAAGGCUACUGAUGGACUUGGAUGUUUCCAUGAGGACGGUGGACUGUCCUUUUACGGUCACCUUUUAUGGCGCACUCUUCCGGGAGGUAGGUGACCCUUCAUUUCAGCCCAAGGAGAAUAGUAACUUCAACAGAAGUUUCUUGGAUGACAUAAAUACCAUCUGCACACAGGGUAAUCUUCUUGGUUGGCAUAUUGUUAAGGCAUUAGAACAUCUACAUAGUAAGCUGUCUGUGAUUCAUCGAGACGUCAAGCCUUCCAACGUGCUGAUCAAUGCUCUGGGCCAAGUGAAGAUGUGUGAUUUUGGAAUCAGCGGUUACCUUGUGGACUCUGUUGCUAAAACAAUCGACGCAGGAUGCAAACCUUACAUGGCUCCUGAAAGAAUAAACCCAGAGCUCAACCAGAAGGGAUACAGCGUGAAAUCUGACAUUUGGAGUCUGGGCAUCACAAUGAUUGAGUUGGCCAUUCUCCGGUUUCCCUAUGAUUCGUGGGGAACCCCCUUUCAGCAGCUCAAACAGGUGGUAGAAGAGCCAUCGCCACAACUCCCAGCAGACAAGUUCUCCGCAGAGUUUGUUGACUUUACCUCACAGUGCUUGAAGAAGAAUUCCAAAGAAAGGCCAACAUACCCAGAGCUUAUGCAACAUCCUUUCUUCACCCUACACGAAUCCAAAGCAACAGACGUGGCAUCUUUUGUAAAACUGAUUCUUGGAGACUGA